AUGCCGAAUGAAAAAGCAUUUUUCGUUACUUAUUUAAAACAAAAAUCUUUUAAUUUUCCCACGCUACGACCGCAAAUGCACUUUUCCUACAACAAAAAUUCACAAAUAUUCAGCAGUUCAUGCUAUUCCUUAAGCUUUUCUUUUGAAAGAGCCGACAAAAAUGAAUUUAAUCCAAUAUCCGGUUUGGGGCUUAUAAACAGCCGUGAUCCUCAUGUUCUGUUUGCUACAGGAAAUGGCAUAAAGAAAGAAAGAAAUUUCCAAAACAACAAAGAAAAAGUAAGGCUUGGAAGCCGAGAAGAACAAAUGAAUUGUAAAUUUACAACUCAGAUGUCUAGAAAGAAAAUUUUUCCUGCUUCAAGCACCGAUUUCUUUUAUAAUUGCUUGUUUUCUGCUAUUGAAACAAGUCGUUCACAGUGCAGUCAAAGUCGUUCACCACUUUUGUAUCCAAUUACAUGA